GGAUGCGGACAAGAUGAAGAAGCAUUUGCUGACAUUACCGGAGGAGACGGCAAAAAAGGUAAUGUUGUUUUACGAGAGUUUGUUCGUAGUUUUGUUCGAAAAACCGCUGAUGCCAUGGGGCUAGAUAUUAAAAAUAAUAAUGAAUACAAAAUUGCUGAAAAAUGGUCAACGGCAGGUUAUAAAGAAGAAACUAUCAAAAGUUUAAAAGAUGGAACGGAUGAAGAAUUUUUAAAAAGCAAAGGAAAAGAUGCCAAAAGUGUUUGGGAUGAAGAUCCUAAAAAAUUGCACAAAGAAAUUCGUGAUUACCAAAUUAGCAAGGAAGGAGUAACUAGUGAAAACUAUAAAGAAUUUAAGGAAAAGGACAAAGAAAAACUAGAAAAAGUACUCAGUUAUUUAGAAGAUUUAGUUGAACACAAACUUGCUGAUGAGAAACAGAUAGAAUUUAAAAAGCAAUUGAGUUCUCACAUAGCUACUUUAACAACCACUACUCCUCCAAGUGGUGAUGGAAAAGGUGAAGAAGGCAAAGGUGAUGGAAAAGGUGAAGAAGGCAAAGGUGAUGGAAAAGGUGAAGAAGGCAAAG